AUGUCUUUAGUAGCUCUUGGACUCCUUGUCCUGGUUGUGCAGAGUGCUGGUAGCAAACAUUGCAAGUGUGUCGGUGUCCCCCAGUCGUCUGCACCCGAUGAGGAAUGCUGGCCAUCCUUAACCGACUGGGCCAAGCUGAAUGACGCUGUUUCCGGCAGAUUAAUUCGAAAUACCCCCGUUGCUGAGCCAUGUUCUUAUGGUGACGAUGACGGUCGGAAGCUAUGUCAGAGCAUAGUCGAUCAGUGGUCCAAUUCGACGUUCCAAUCCCUCCAGCCAAGUGGAUAUUGCUACCCUCUUGAUUAUGCAUGCCCUAUUGUCCCUGUACCAAAAGACACACUGAACAGUGAUUGCCAUCUCGGCCCAGCGCCAGUGUAUACAAUAAAUGCAACCGAACCGGAAGAUGUAGCGGAGGGAAUCCACUUUGCCAAAGAACAUAAUCUGAGGGUGGUGAUCAAGAACACCGGUCACGACCUACUAGCAAGAUCGCAAGGAUACGGUAGCCUCCAAAUAUGGGUCAAGUACAUUCACGACGGGAUUGAAUACCAUGAAGCGUACCAGGCCGCGGGCCAGUGCGAAUCCACCAAUUGGGCCGGCAGCGCUUUCACCGUUCGAGGAGGCUACCUGUGGGGCGAUCUCUACGCGGAAGCAUUUGAACGAAACCUGGUAGUAGUUGGUGGUCAGGAUCCGACGGUCGGUGUCAUAGGCGGUUACCUCCAGGGCGGCGGGCAUUCACCAGCAAGUCGUGAUUUUGGGCUCGCCGUCGACCAGGCUUUGGAAUUCAACGUUGUCCUAGCAUCUGGGGAGCUCGUCACGGCUAGUGCCUGCGAGAAUAGAGAUCUGUUCUUUGCCUUGCGUGGAGGAGGUGGUGGCACUUACGGGGUAGUAGUUUCCGCUACCCUGAAGGCUCACCCAUCGCGCCCGGUCGUCACACAUUCCCUCGUUGUCUACCCAUUACCCAAUCGGAAAGAUCCUCUGGCAGCAACUAUGGCCUUGAUUGACGUUGUUGCGGAAAUUAUGUCCGCAUAUCCUGCUUUAUCCGACGGGGGCUUUUCAGGGUACGGCGGAUGGGGUGUGGAGAAGGUCGAUUCCCCCAUUGCUGGAUCCCCACUACCGGUCAGGGAGAAUGGAGGCUACUCUCACGUUUUCGCAAAGCUAGACAGUGGCGAUGACGCCUUAGAGCGAGCGCAGUCAUUUAUGUCGGCGACUCUCAUGCAGCGUUUGCGAAAGUACAAUUACUCCGAACUUAUGGUCUCCGAAUCCUGGGAGCAAUAUCCUACAUUCGGAGACUACUACAUGGCAGCCACAAGAGCCGAGCAGCAAGUUGGAUACAGCAAGAUGGCUAUCACGUCACGUCUUCUUGACAAGGCUGCGUUGACGGGCGACAUAGCACAGCUGAAGGAGAUGCUACGUAUCACCUCAACAAAUUCCCCCGAUGCGCCCGAGAAGGCAACGAUAUGGACUAUGCUAUUCCUUGUGGGUGGGGGCAAAGUCCUUGAGGACCCCACGGCUCCCUCGACAGAUCGUUAUGUCGGGGUUCAUCCGGUUUGGAGAAGGUCCUACCUUCUCGCUAUCCCGACGUCUAUAUUGCCUGAGGAUGCCAGCGACUGGUCCCUUAAGAAGAUGCAAGUUGAUACAACGUAUCGGAAAACCGAUGCGAUGAGGCGGCUGGCACCCAAUACGGGUAGCUAUCUGAACGACGGCGACAGACACAGUCCUUGGUGGCAAACUGACUUCUUUGGAGAUAACUACCCUCGACUCAGAGCGAUUAAGGACGAAUACGAUCCGGAACAUGUAUUCUACUGUCCCACCUGUGUCGGAAGUGAAGAGUGGAGGGAGGUGCCGCUGGAAGGCAAGGUCUAUGGUUCCCUGUGUAAGGUGUGAAGAUAGUGCUCGCUGGUUGUAGUAUAUUGUGCGUGCUGUAUGAUCAGCGAAGGAUUGUGAAUACUCGAGACUGUCCAACUCAGGUUCUGCUUACAGACUGAGCCAUCUUUGUGAUGAGCAUUUGUC